AUGCCAGAUGAUGAGAGACAGCAGUCUCCCCUGGCUGAAGCUAAUCGGCGCACAGAGCCGGAUUCAGAGCGAUUUCUUUCUGACUCGUCGAGCGAAGACUACAAUGAUACCAUUCAUCCCAACAUAGCCAACCUGACCCCCGAUGAAGGUUCGCGAUUCACCACCUCUCCCCUCUCGGACGGGGAGCGUCGCACUCCCCGGACACAGAAUCGGGUGAGAUUUGAUAUUGAAGACGAAACCGAGGAUGAGCGCCGUACAAAUAGCGACCCCCGUGACUCCGGAGACGUACUGUGGCUGGAUGAGGAGGACUACACCCACACGGACAGGGGCCUCUCAGGGCGGCACCAUGCUGGACAAAGUGUUCCCCUUCUGACGAACAUUGAGGCACCUAGCGUGACCCUUGCCACGUCUGAGGAAUUCUUUCCAGAGGAGCAUCUCGAGAGUGCUAGGCCAAGAAGCGGAAUGAAGAUGGCCUUCAUGAACAUGGCCAAUAGCAUCAUUGGCGCCGGCAUUAUAGGCCAACCUUACGCACUUCGCCAAUCAGGCAUGGUGAUGGGGAUAGUACUUUUGUUGGCGCUAACCAUCACGGUCGAUUGGACUAUCCGGUUGAUAGUGGUCAAUUCCAAGCUGAGCGGCGCGGAUUCCUUCCAAGCGACAAUGCAGCAUUGUUUUGGCAAAUCAGGCCUGAUUGCCAUCUCUGUUGCGCAAUGGGCAUUUGCGUUCGGUGGUAUGAUCGCCUUCUGUAUCAUUGUUGGAGAUACUAUACCCCAUGUCUUGGGUUCUCUGUUUCCGUCUUUGCGGGAAAUGUCAUUCCUCUGGCUCCUCACUGAUAGACGGGCCAUUAUUGUGCUUCUUGUCUUGGGCAUCUCAUACCCAUUGUCAUUAUACCGAGACAUUGCCAAGUUGGCCAAAGCAUCUACUUUGGCUCUGAUAAGUAUGGCAGUAAUUGUAGUUGCCGUGCUCACGCAGGGCUUCCGCGUUCCGCACGACUCCCGUGGCGAUGUGAAGAGUCUACUAUUGGUUAACUCUGGCUUCUUCCAGGCCGUUGGCGUAAUCUCAUUCGCGUUUGUAUGCCACCACAAUAGCCUUCUGAUCUAUGGCUCGCUGAAAAAGCCAACGCUGGACCGAUUUGCAACCGUUACUCAUUACUCGACCGCGGUAUCGCUGAUUAUGUGUCUAACCAUGGGCAUAUCUGGCUUUCUCUUCUUCGGCUCACAAACCCAAGGCAAUGUGCUCAAUAACUUUCCGUCUGAUAAUAUCCUGAUCAACAUAGCGCGGCUUUGUUUCGGAUUGAACAUGCUGACUACAUUGCCGCUCGAGGCAUUCGUUUGCCGGUCGGUGAUGACCACUUACUAUUUCCCUGACGAGCCGUUCAAUAUCAAUCGACAUCUGAUAUUCACGUCUGCCUUGGUGCUCACGUCGGUAGCGAUGGCUUUAUUGACCUGCGACUUGGGCGCUGUCUUUGAAUUGAUCGGAGCGACAAGCGCGGCUUCCUUGGCGUAUAUCUUCCCGCCAUUAUGCUAUAUCAAGUUGAGCAACGCCUCUCGGAAAGAGAAAAUCCCCGCCUACCUGUGCAUCGUCUUUGGGGUGACUGUAAUGGGAGUCAGUCUCUUGCAGGCCGUUGGGAAGAUGAUAAAUAACGAAGGUGGGGCAGCAACUUGCAGUGCCUAG